AUGUUCACCAGGGCCGUGCUCGCGUGGCGGAGGCCACUCGGCGCCGCGUUGCUCCGUGGCCGUACGAUCCACUCCUCCAGCACAGCAACCUUGCAAGACGAGACUGUCUUGGAGCGACUGGUAUGUCCCAUCUCGAAGCUUCCGUUGGAGUACCUUCCAGCGCACGGCGUGUUGUUCUGUCGCGAGAUUCGCGUGGCGUACCCGAUCCGCCACGGCAUUCCCAUCUUGGUGCCGACGGAAGGUCGCAUCGUGCCCGACGACGAAGGGUUGUAA